AUGAAUGUAUUACCAAUGAAUUGUCAAGUUGGAAAGCUUACUCGGCAUUGUGCAGAACUUGUAAAAAACAGAUCAUCUCUGUUUUACAAGUUUGUAUGUUGUACUAUUACAUUGCGCGAUAUUUUAAGCACGAGACGUUUAACAUAUCGUUGUGAAAAUGACGAGCUCGACUGUUUAUUAGCGUACAAGUUAAGCACUUUUAUUGAACCAGUCGUCUACUUUUACAAUCUAGGAGUCUAUCUUCCACCAUGCAGUGAAGAUAGUUGUGCAAAUUUAAUUGGAAGGUUGAAAAUUGGUCUCUCCACUGUGAUGGAUUUACCGCACUCUGGAAAUUCAGCCAGUUGGCGGUAUUUCAUGGAGUUUUUUGCCGAAAAUUAUCGCUCUUAUCACAAAUAUUUUAAAAGAGAAGUUGUUAUGGGAAUAGUUUGCUUGGUGACAUUAUUCAAUGUAGCACUUUGUGGUUUCGAAGCCUUGUAUGGUGAGUUUUUGUCAUCCAUAUGUUCUACCAUUGAAGGAAGUCUAUCUCUCUGGAACAGACAGGGAAGAAUGAAUGAUCAACAAGCAACUGGAACCCAAGCAAAUCGCCUCCUCUCGUGCAUGAAAACUAUUCUCAUAAAUUUUCGUUUGGCAAUUGCGGUUAUUGUUAUUAGUAAGUUGGCUUUAUUCUCACUCGCUGGAUAUUUUCCAUUACAAUUAGGUGAUCGAAAAGGUCAUGAGGUUUGCAGUGCAAAUGUAGCGGCUUUUAUGGAAAUGCAAAAUACAUAUAGGUGUUUGUCGGCACCAUUAAAGCACUGA